UCGCCGAGUCGAUUUUGCAGCGAGAGCAAGAGAGGAAGCUAGCAAGCAGCAGGGAGAGAGAGAGAGAUCGGUAAUGGCGAAACCAUUGGGACCCACCGGGGAGUUCUUCAAGAGGAGGGACGAGUGGAGGAAGCACCCGAUGCUGACGAAUCAGCUCCGCCACGCCACUCCCGGCCUCGGCAUCGCCCUCGUUGCCUUCGGCAUCUACCUCGUCGGCGAGCAGGUCUACGACAAGCUCUACAAGCCCUCCGACCACCACCACCACCAGCACUCCCCGUCCUCUUCUUCUCACUGAUAAGCACUGUAAUCCCAGGUGAGAUUCACAACAUCAGGAGAAACUUUGGAGCACUAUUUGUUGAGUGGGUCUGCUUCUUUAGUUUGCCGUUUAAUAAAGGCUUUCACCUUUUCUGGAAUGGAACCCUUUGUAUUUGACUUUGCCAUGUAAGUUGGAAACCUGGAUCCGAAGUUAGUUUGUUAUAUAAUUUUCUGUUGCCCAGGCUACUGUUGAGAUUAUUGUUGUAAUUCCAACAUAAUCUUGCUUGCCUUUUGAUUUGCAUAUAGUGAAACAUGAUCAGCGUGACUGA